AUGGACAAUGAAGUGCGCCGCCAGGAAUCUCACAUCGAAUUGAUUGCCUCCGAAAACUUUACCAGUCCCACGGUGUUAGCCGCGCAGGGCUCACAGCUUACCAACAAGUAUGCUGAGGGCUAUCCCGGCAAGCGUUACUAUGGCGGCUGCGAGUUUGUAGACGUCGCGGAAGCCUUGGCGAUCGAGCGCGCUUUGGAGUUGUUUGGCGCUGACUAUGCCAACGUCCAGCCCCACUCCGGGUCUUCUGCCAACGCAGCUGUUUUCAUGGCUCUCAUUAACCCCGGCGACACUAUUCUUGGCAUGAGCCUGGCCCACGGUGGUCACCUCACCCAUGGCGCCAGCGUGAACUUCUCUGGAAAAAUUUAUAACGCUGUGCAGUAUGGUCUCGAUGUCGAAACUGGCGAAGUUAACUAUGCCGAGGUUGCUGCACUUGCAGCUGAGCACAAGCCAAAGAUGAUUAUCGCCGGUUUUUCCGCGUACUCACGCACAAUGGACCUGGCAAAGUUUCGCGAUAUCGCUGAUUCGAUCGGCGCCUAUUUGUUUGUCGAUAUGGCGCAUGUUGCCGGUCUGGUUGCAGUCGGUCUUUAUCCAAAUCCGUACCAGUGGGCUGACGUGGUCACUUCAACAACCCAUAAAACACUGCGCGGGCCACGUGGUGGCAUUAUUCUCGCGCGCAAGAAUGACGAAAUCAUCAAAAAACUGAACUCACUGGUAUUCCCCGGUACCCAGGGCGGUCCUUUGAUGCACGUCAUUGCCGGCAAGGCGGUGGCAUUCAAAGAAGCGAUGGAACCCGGUUUCAAGCAGUAUCAACAAAACGUGCUGGACAAUGCUGGGGCGAUGGUCGAGGUGUUCCAGCAACGCGGUUUCGAUAUUGUCUCCGGCGGAACCGACAAUCAUCUGUUCCUGCUUGACCUCGUGAGCAAGGACAUUACCGGUAGGAUGCGGACGCAGCGCUUGGCCGUGCCAAUAUUACGUGGAUUGCGUAUCGGCACACCGGCCAUGACAACCCGCGGUUUUGGGGCUGAGGAAUCAAAACUUAUCGCCGGAUGGAUGUGUGAUGUUAUGGAGAGCAUCGAAGACGAAACCGUGAUUGCACGGGUCAAGCAGAGUGUUGUCGAGCUAUGCGGUCGUUUCCCGCUUUACUCGGAUCGGCACUUGAAGCCGGGUUUCGACCAUGCUUGCGCUGUCGACGGAACCGCACCCAACAGUCCAGCCUGGAAUGGUGUCAAAACCACUGUAUCACGCGCCCUGCGAUUAAUUGAUGAGGGUGCGCUGGACCACGAUGAUAUAGAACAUUUUUCAGGCCGCCUUGGCGUUGGUUCAGACACCUGCGACGCCUGUUCGCACAAUACGUCGGUGGCAAGUCCGACCCAGGUUGCCCGCGCCAGAAGGGUGCUCACUGCCAAGAAGUUGAUCACCGAUUCAGAUCUGUCGAUGACAGAAGUGGCGCUGAAUCCGGUUUUAGCAGCGUCAGACAGUUAA